AUGGCAGUAGAAACCCACAAAGCUGGCUUCGUGGCGGAAACACAGGCCAAUGAAGAAAGUGACAAUGAGUUCAAUACCGCACCAAAGCUCCCUGAUCAAUUUGCAGAUGAGAGUUUUAAACUAUUCUCAAAAAUUCAAGUCACAGAACCGACUCCCGAAGAAGCAAAACAGAUUCGCAAAAAGUGCUUAUGGCGGAUUUUGCCCUUUCUUUGCAUUGGUUAUCACUUGAUGUAUGUGGACAAGCAAACGCUAGGAAGUUCUGCAAUCCUAGGAAUCAUGAAAGAUGCGCAUUUGAAUUCGAAUCAAUAUAACUGGCUUUCUUCGAUUUUCUAUUUUGGGUAUCUUUUGGCUGAAUGGCCACAGAAUUGGGCUUUGCAGAGGUUUCCUGUUGGGAAGUGGCUAGCUGGAAAUUUGAUAAUAUGGGGUGGAAUUACCCUCUUACAUAUCCCUUGCAAUAGCUUCGCGACUCUUUUUGUUGUUCGCUUUUUCCUGGGGGUAGCAGAAGCAUCCAUUGUUCCAGCAUUCCUGCUUUCCAUGUCCAUGUUCUUUACUUAUGGCGAGCAAGCUGUCAUGAUGCCGGUUAUGUGGUCAAUUGGUAAUGCAAGUCCCAUCACGUCGGGUCUGCUAUCUUAUGGUGUUCUCUGGAUUGAUACAGGCAGCUUUUCUCCGUGGAAAUGGUUUAUGGUUAUCACUGGGGUCCUCACAGUCAUUUUCGGCAUCUUUGUCUAUCUCUUCUUUCCCGAUAGCCCCAUCCAUGCCAAGUUCUUGACACCCGAGGAGCGUGCAAAGGCUAUUUUACGGAUCAGAGAGAACCACUCCGGAAUUGAGCAAAAGGUUUUCAAAAGAUAUCAGUUUAUCGAAGCAAUUCAAGACCCCAAAACAUGGCUCUUCUUCCUACACGCCUGGUCCCAGGAAAUGGCAAACGGAGUAACAAACCAAUACUCGCUGAUCAUCAAGUCAUUUGGUUUCACCGUUCUUCAAACAACUCUACUAGGAACCGUGUCGGGAGCUGUAUCAUUCGUUUCUCUCAUAACAGCUGCGAUCACAUUGUAUCACACCAAGAACUGUCGAGCAUGGCUCUCACUCAUUGCAUACAUUCCAGGUGCUCUUUCAAGUAUCCUUCUACUAUCCUUGCCCUGGUCUAAUCGAUGGGGUCUCAUCGCUGGAAUCUGGAUUCGAUCUACAACCGGUAUCCCAUAUGCCGUGGUGAUGAUCUGGGCUGCCAAUGCGUCGGCAGGUCAUACGAAGAAAACUACCGUCAUUGCGCUUUAUCAUAUUGGAUACGGACUGGGAAAUAUUAUCUCUCCACAAUUAUUCCGGCCAGAGUGGAAGCCUCGGUACAGACCAACUUGGAUUAUUUUGCUUGUGGUCGCUGCAAUUCUUCCUUCGAUCAUUAUUAUCGUGCUCCGGAUCUACCUAAGCCGAGAGAAUAAACGUCGCGACAAGCUCGCGGAAGUUAAUCAGGUUGCCAGCAAUGGGGUUGUCGAGACGGUUGAUUCAGAUGGAGGCAAAGUCGCUCGCGUUGUGGAUAAUAGUCAGUUGGAUUUGACUGACAGGGAGAAUUUGAAUUUCCAAAGGCAUAAUAGGCUCCUACAUCCACCUGAUCUCAAUAUGGACAUCCAGGAGAGACAACCUCUCCUAAACUCAUCAACUCACCCCAAUAUUCUAUCUCACAGCUCUCAACAAGAACCACUCAACCUCUCAUCCGAUGACUUUCCCGCGCCAUAUGUUGACACUCUACCAGGGACACCCUACAGAAAGAGCAUCAACUGGUCAAGCGCAUACAUAUUGGUCGUUUCGCAAGUGAUUGGGAGCGGCAUCUUCGCAACACCAGGUUCAAUAGUCAGAUCCGCCGGAAGCAUCGGAUUGACCCUGCUAGUAUGGCUGGUUGGGACAAUAUUAUCGGCUUGCGGGCUAGCCGUCUUCAUGGAAUUCGGAUGCAUGCUACCUCGCUCAGGAGGACAAAAGGUGUACCUCGAGUAUACCUAUCCCCGACCGCGGUUUCUCGCAUCAAGCCUCAUAACAGCCCAGGUAGUGCUCCUGGGGUUCACGGCGAGCAACUGCAUUAUCUUUUCGAAAUACACAUAUUUCGCGCUUGGCAUUGAGCCCACUGAGAUUCAGCAUAAGGUGCUGGCAGUCGGCCUCUUGACGGCCAUUACUAUUGUCCAUGGCUGUUUCUUGAAAACGGGCAUCUUUGUCCAGAACGUCCUUGGCUGGGUCAAGAUCUUCCUCAUUGCAGCAAUGUCCUUGACGGGAGUCUGGGUGGUUUUUCUCGGUUUGUAUGGAGAUACUGAUAAUAUCUCUCCAGUGUCGGGGGUCGCCAGUUCGUGGUCCUGGGAAUCGAUGUGGGAAGGAUCGAACUGGAGCUGGAGUCUGCUUUCGUCAGCUUUGUUCAAAGUCUACUAUUCCUACGCCGGAUUGAGCAAUGUAAACAAUGUCCUCAGUGAGGUCCAUGAUCCUGUGGGAAUAGUGAAGACCGUGUGCCCCACUGCACUCGUCACAGCCGGUGGUCUAUACUUUCUUGCGAAUCUUUCAUACUUCCUGGUCAUUCCGCUCGAAGAGAUCAAAAAUAGCGGAGAAUUGGUCGGCGCACUGCUAUUCGAAAGAUUGUUUGGAGCUCACGUCGGAAGAAUAUUCUUUCCACUUGCGAUUGCCAUUUCUGCUGCUGGAAAUGUGAUGGUGGUGACCUUUGGCCUGGCACGUGUGAAUCAAGAGAUAGCCCGACAAGGAUUCCUUCCAUGGCAAAAGGUUCUCUCGUCUUCGCGGCCAUUUGGGACUCCACUGGGUGGACUUGUUGUACAUUAUAUCCCUUCUAUGUUGGUCCUCGCCCUGCCACCAAAAGGAGAUGUCUAUAACUUUAUCCUGGACUUGGAGGGAUACCCUGGACAGAUCUUUUCCUUGGCGAUUACUGUUGGUCUGCUGAUAGUACGAUACCGGGAGCCUCAUCUCUUACGACCCUUCAAAGCGUGGUUGCCAGCUGUCUGGUUACGGGUUGCCGUGUGUUUAGUCCUGUUGGUAGCACCCUUCAUCCCGCCGGCGAAUUGGCGGGAACUCGAUGUGUUCUAUGCUACCUAUCCACUUGUGGGGAUUGCAAUUGUGCUCUCAGGUGUUCUCUACUGGUAUGUCUGGACGGUGUUACUCCCACGGUGGGGAGGUUAUCAACUCGAGGAAGAGAAAGAGAUUCUGGCCGACGGGACUAGCAUCAUCAAGCUAGUUCAUUCAUAUGAUAAGUGA